AUGUCUUUCUUCGGCUUCGACACCAGCUUGCCGCGCGACAAGCCAGCCGCGUCUGGCUCGCGCGGCAUGUUCGAUGCUCAUGAUCCAUUCGCUGGUCUGGGGGGAGCUGCAGGCGGCCAGGAAGGCAACAUGCUGGACUUUGAGGAUACGUACGAUGGCUUAGGCCAGCAGCUGCAAGAGUCUGGAGACACAUUUAAUGACGACACAUUCGGUGGAGAUGAACCUGUCACGAGGGAGGAUGUCGGCAGGGACUUCGAUUUUGCAGGACAAACGGCCAACAUAAGGGACACCUUGUUGGAAGAGCAGAUGCUGCAUCAUGCCCGACAGCCUAUCCCACAGGCUCGCUCAGCAAAGCCAGCCAAGACUGGAUACGAAGCGUACAAGCAGUCUGAGUACAUUCCAAGGCUUGAAGCCGAUGCAUCCAUCUGGGGCCAGUCUGUUGCCAAAAAGCCUACUGAACAGCCAAAGGCCGCCGCUGGUCCCAAGAUGAUGAGCCUCGAGGAGGUCGAGGCUGCUAUGCGUCAGCAAGCAAAGCCCAAUCCUCCUCCUCAAGCCGCACCGGAUGUCCAAGCACAGACUCUUGGCUUGAAGAACAUGCUAGGCCUUGGCGGUGCUCCCACUCCGCCAGCUCAACCUCAGGUAGAUCAGCAGAGACCUCCGCAGAUUCUUCAGCGCCCGCAGCAGCAGCCACCCCAGCAAACGCAACAACAUGCUCUCGACUACAGUCUCCGCGCUCCGCAAAUCUUGCAAAGGCAGCACUCCCCAGCUCAAGGCCGACCGCAAUCCCAAGACUUCCACAGCCAGUCUCCUCAGCCCAUGCAGUUCCAGCAGGGCCCGCAUGUUCCUCCGCACGCAAGAGGAGCACCUCCUUCCGGACCAAUGCAGCAAUCCUUGCACGGCCGUGGACCUUCGUACAGUGGGCCUCCUAUCACGCAAGCCCGCCAGAUGAUGGAUAUGUCUCCCCAGGAUCGAGAUGCUUACAUGGCCGAAGAAGCCAAGCGAGCGAAGCGCAAUCACAAGAUCUUCAUGCUCAGCAAAAACAAUGGCCUCAUGACUCCCCAGGACAAGAAUUGGAUAACACGCAUUCAACUCCAGCAGUUACUGACCGCCACGGGAGGCAUCGACAAUGAACCGGGAAGCGAGGAGCAGCUCGCCGAAGACUUCUACUAUCAGGUCUACGCACAAAUAAGGGGUCCUCCCCGAAGUGGCCCCGGCCAGCCUCUCAAUCAGUUCGCGCAGACAUACCUCUUCCAGACAGGCAGCCGCUACGGCUACGGCCGCAGCCGGCAUCAUCCCCGCGGCGGCGACAACCACGUUCAGCGUAUGGAGCAGCAGGUCGCUCGGGCUGUGGAAGCAGCGAAGGCACGACCAAAGAACAAGCAGCUUGUCAUGGAGGGCUCUCUCGGCAAGAUCGCUUUCAGCAAUUCCAAGACGCCUCGACCGCUUCUUAACAUCAAGCGACCCGAAUCCGGGGCGCAUCUGAAGCAUCACGCCAAGCCCGCCGACCGAAAGACCACUCUUCGGAAUAUUGAGGACCUGUACUCGACAUUGAUGAGACUAGAGCAUCAUGAGCGCCAGCUACCGCCGCCACCGAAUGAGGAGAGCCCCCCUGAAGCCAUUGAGGGGCACAUGAGAUGGCGUAGUUCGAUGCAAGAGCUCAACCAACAGCUUUGGGAGGCGCUCAAGGUCAUGGAGCCAAUACAGCCUGAGUACGUACCUUUUUCGCUUCAUGUUAUCGAUCAUGUGCUAAUAGUAACAGCUCUGCCACACCCCACCCAUUCAUCCAAAUCUUGUCGUUCAGCAAAGGCAAGAAGGCGAUCCCUCGUGUGUUCAGACAUCUUGACGAGCAACAACGCCUAACCAUGAUCACUCUUAUCAUCAUUCACCUCGACAUUCUGGACGUCAUUCGCGACGCAUACCCACCAGCUGACAAUUCGCCUCUUCCGGCACGCGUCAAAGAGGAAGUGGAGCAGUUCAACAACACCAUCAUGCCCCCACUCUUUUCAUUCAUAAACGAAGCGUCGCUCAGCAUCAUCAUCGGCCUGCUGGGUCUUGUCCUCGACCGAACUUUGGUCCAGGCCGUUGUCCGCACGAAGAUCGGAGUCAAAGUGCUCACCUUGCUUGUGUCUCGCGCCGAAACAUUUCGUCAGCAAUUGGAAGGUUCAGAUGACUGGCGACAGUGGCAGGACCUCUACUCUCGGCUGUUUGACACGAUCGAGCCCGUUUUACCCUACCUUUUCCCCACAGACACCAACAUUGCUGCAUCAGAUGACGUGCAUAUAUGGCAAUACUUGUCCACGAUGGCGGUUUCGGCAAACCCUGACCAACAACAGAGGUUGGUCUUGGGUGUCAAGGAUAGGGUGAUGGAGACGGUUGGAGUGAGCAAGACUCUUCCAGAGGGAAUGAGUAAGAAGCGACUGGCAGAUGUCAACUUGUUCAUGGUUGCCAUUGGUCUGGAUGUUGGUCUGCUUGGUUGA